AUGGCUACUGUAAGGAAAAGUAAGGGCCGCCAGAGGAUUGAGAUCGCUAAAAUAAAGAAUGAGAGUAACUUACAGGUUACUUUCUCCAAACGUCGGGCUGGCCUUUUUAAGAAGGCUAGCGAGUUGUGCACUCUUUGCGGUGCUGAAACAGCCAUCAUAAUCUUCUCGCCAGGGAAAAAGAUAUAUUCAUUUGGUCACCCUUGUAUUGAAUCAAUCAUUGAUAGGUUCCUGGCGCGAAACCCUUUUCUAAAUGCUGGUGCACUGCAGCUCUUCCAGGCUCACCGUAGUGCUAAUAUCAACGAGCUUAAUAUGGAGCUAACUGAGGUUCUGAAGGAAGUUGAGGCUGAGAAGAAACGUGGUGAAGCACUUGACAAGACGACGAAAGCUUUCCAGAGACAGUGCUGGUGGGCAGCUCCAGUUGAGGAGCUUAACUUGGAGCAGCUUCAGAUGCUAAAGGUGUCAUUGGAGAUGCUGAGGAAGAAAGUUGAAAGGCAAGCUGAUAAGCUUAUCAUUGAGGCAUCAGAACCCCCUGCUUUUUCUGCUCCAUAUUCAGUUGGAGCAAUCCCUCCAUAUGAACCACAGACGGCUGGAUUUGAUCCUCAAGGCUCUACCUUUGGUUUUGAUGGUCAUUUCUUUUGA